AUGGCAUCAUCGUCUGCAGCAAAUUAUGAAUCUGAAUUUGAUUUCGAAGAAUUAUAUACAAAAGAUAAAACAUUGCAACUACGUAGUGUCUACGUUCCAAAUUGCACUGAACUUUUCUAUCGACAUGAUCCGUUGAAAAUUGUCCGCUGUCAAGGAACGUACAUGUACGAUCAAUUAGGACAAAGAUAUCUUGAUUGUAUCAAUAAUGUUGCGCAUGUUGGUCAUUGUCAUCCGUAUGUGAAUAAACAAAUCUAUAGACAAAUGGGUGCUUGUGCAACGAAUAAUCGUUAUUUACAUGAUAAUACCGUCAUUCUUGCAGAGAAACUAGCGAAAACAUUACCGGAAGAUCUUACUCAAAUCUUUUACACUAACUCAGCAUCCGAAGCAAAUGAUUUAGCAAUUCGUUUGGCGAGACAAUACACCGGAAAUUAUGAUAUUCUUGCAUUGGACAAUGCUUAUCAUGGUCAUCUAUCAAGCUUGGUUGAACUAUCCACGUACGAGUUCAAAAAGUUCAAAACACCAGUGAAAAUUCCCGACCAUGUGCAUAUUCUUCCAACACCUGAUGUUUACCGUGGAAAAUAUCGCGAUAUUGAUUAUAAUAAUGACGAAGCCAAACUAUGCGAAUUAUAUGUGAAUGAAGUACGUCAAAUUGUCGAAGAAGCCGAAGCACGCGGUCGUCGUUUCGCGAUAUUUUUCAUUGAAACAUUGCAAUCAUGUGGAGGACAAAUCAUUUAUCCAAAAGGAUAUUUAAAACAAACAUUUGAUUAUCUUCAAUCGAAAGGCAUUUUAUGCGUUGCUGAUGAAGUACAGACAGGUUUUGGUCGAAGUGGUACUCAUUUCUGGGCAUACCAGUCCUACGAAGACGAUGUUCGUCCUGAUUUUGUCACCUUAGGCAAGUCGAUGGGUAAUGGUUUUCCUGUUGCUGGUUUGGUCACUCGAAAGGCGAUCACCGACAAAUUUGAAGCUCAAGGUAUUGAAUAUUUUAACACCUAUGGUGGUAAUCCAGUUAGCUGCCGUGCAGCUAUCGCCGUUCUCGACGUGAUUGAAAAUGAACACUUACAAGAAAAUGCGCAUAAAGUUGGUUUAUAUUUUGUCAAUCGAUUACGAGAAUUGCAAAAGAAAUACGAACUUAUCGGUGAUGUUCGCGGCCGAGGUUUGUUUCUUGGAAUUGAAUUAGUUAGCAACCGUGCAACACGAGAACCUGCCCCAAUUGAAACGAAGGCAAUUCAACUGAAACUUCGUGAUAAUUUUAUUAUCGUAUCAAUCGAUGGUCCGGAUCAUAAUGUGCUCAAAUUCAAACCACCCAUGUGCUUUGCAAUGGUGGAUGUGGAUUAUUUCUGUGAGAAAUUCCAAGUCAUACUCGAAGAAAUGCAAACGAUAAAAUCAGAAAUUGAAGGAAACAACGUUUAA